GAACAAUUGUUAACUUAUUAUUAUCAUCAUCAUCAUUAUCAGCAUUGAAUGAUUGAUUGAUUGAAAUGUCGUUAAAGUUGAUCAAACUUGGUCAACAAUAUUCAGAUCCAUCAAGGAUAAUCAUCGUACCUGAACGAACAACAUCAUCGAAUGGUCGUUAUCAUCAUUCGAAUAAUCAACAACAACAACAACAACAAUGGAAUUUAGAUUCAACACAACAAGGAACAUCGAGCCGUUGUAGUAGUAGUAAUAGUUUAUUGUUUGGUAAUGAAAUCGGAUAUCCCGAUGCAACUCGUUUAGAUGAUUUUCUUCGCAAUGAUUCUUUUCUACAGAAUCUUAAAGUUCGUUUUUUAAAUAAAAAAAUCUAUACAUGCAUUGAAUCCACUGUGAUAGCCAUCAAUCCAUACGAAUCACUGCCAUUGUAUUCGGCCGAAGUGAUUGCUGCCUAUGAACAUCAUAACAUAUUGUCACUGCCACCACACAUCUAUGCAUUAUGUGAGUUUGUUCUACACUGUCUCAAGGAACGUAAUACCGAUCAAUGUAUAAUUUGUUCAGGUGUAUCCGGAUCUGGAAAGACAGAAUCAUUCAAGUUUGCAUUGAAUUAUUUCAUCAAUGGUUCAAGUGAACGUUGUGAAUUAAAUCAAAUCAAAACCCGAUUCAAUUCGAUUCCAAUUGUUCUUGAAGCAUUCGGAAAUGCCAACACCGAAAACAAUACUAAUUCGACUCGUUUAUUUUAUACUCUUGAAGUUGAUUUUGAUUUUCUGGGCGAUCCAUUAGGUGGACAAAUAGAUGAUUAUUUUAUCGAAAAAACUCGUGUUUCUAAACACGAAAUCUAUGGAUACAAUUUUCAUAUAUUUUACCAGCUUAUUGGAGGUGCUGGACCUAAUUUAUUAAAAUAUCUUAAAUUAAAACGAAACAUUGAAACUUAUCAUCUACUUAAAGAUCGACCAUCAGAUCAAUAUGCUAACAAUGGUCAACAUCAUGUUAAUGAAUUCCAAAAAACUAAGUCGACAUUACAAUUGCUCGGAUUCACUGCCAACGAAAUUAUCGAAAUUUUACAAAUAUUAGCCUUCAUAUUGAAACUUGGAAAUGUUCAAUUUUUACGAAAAGCCAAUAUCGAUAGUACGGAAGGUUGUACCAUCUUUAAUGAUUAUGAAAUUCAUGAAAUAUGUGAUAUGUUUAAUUUGGAUUCGGCCAUAUUUCUUAAAUCAUUUACUCAUAAAAUGGUUAAAAAUCAAUCGGAAAUGUUUAUCACUGAAUUAUCGGCUAAUUCAGCAACCAAAAUACGAAAUACUUUGUGUAAAGCUCUGUAUUUUCGUUUGUUUACGUGGAUCAUUGAAAAAAUUAAUGAAUCAAUCAAGACUAAGCCAUCAUUGAAUCUAAGUCGAAAUAAUUUGUCCCUGUAUGAUUUUUUCGGUUUUGAAAAUUAUUAUAUUAAUUUUUUCGAACAACUACUGGCCAAUUAUUUGGAUGAAAAAAUUGUUCAAAUUUUCAUUGACACCAAUUUUCGUCAAAAGCAAGAAGAAUAUUUGCGCGAAGAUAUUGGUUGGACGGAAUUGAAUCUUUCAACAAAUGAUCCAAUCUGUCAUUUCAUUGAUCGACCUCGAACAGGAAUAUUCUCCAUAUUGAAUAUAGCGUCAUCAAAAUCAAUUUAUUUUCGUGAAGAAAUUUUCAUGAAAGAAUUGAAUGAACAAUGUGGUAAAGAUUUGCAUUACAUACAGAUCAAUAAUCCUGUUCAUUUGGACAAUGAUGGUAAUGGAUAUUUCCUUCACAGUCUUCCAUAUCGCCGUCGCGUUUCUACCGGUGACAUUUCAGCUCAAUCCGUUCCUCAACUUUGUUUUGGCAUUCGUCAUUUUAAUGAAAAUGCGGUGUACAGUAUAAAUGGUUUCAUUGAAAAAAAUGCCGAACAUUUAAAUAGGAAUUGGUCACAAUUUUUCUUCGAAUCUAAUCAUCAAAUGUUGCAAAAAUUAUUUCCCGAAGGUAACCCUUUAAAAAAAUGCCUAAGAAAGCCAAUCACUUUGGCAAAUCAAUUUUCCAUUGCAAUCGAAUCAAUGAUUGCCAAACUAAAUAACAAAGAGAUACAUUAUGUAAUGUGCAUUAAACCAAAUCGAUUGAAGAUGCCCAAUAUAUUCGAUGAUGAAUACGUUUAUAAACAAUUGUCAAGUCAUUUCAUUAUCGAACAUGGCGAAUUUUUACGUCGUGGUUAUGUUUAUUGUGAAAAAUAUAGCCUAUUCUUUAAACGUUUUCGAAUUCUUUCUCGGUUGACAUGGCCUUAUUGGAAAGGUUCCGUUGUCAACGGCGUUUUCACCUUUAUUCAACACAAUAAUUUCCUUAAAACUAGCCUAAACGAUUUCAAAUUUGGAAAGACAAAAGUUUUUAUUAAACAUUUAAAAACUUUUGUUGAACUCGAAGAACUUCGUAUCAUCAAACUAGACAAAAUAGCAGUGAUCAUACAGAAAAACGUAAGAAAAUGGUUACAGAUGAGAAAAUUUUGUCGCAUGAUUGUUAGUCAAAUCAAAAUAUCCCGAUGUUUCAGAAGAUGGAAGGUAGUACAACAGAUCAAAAAGAUUAUCAUUAAAUUCUUAUGUUUAAAUUAGCGUCGACGUUAUCUACUUUGGCUUUAUCGACAUUUGCCUUCACCAUCACCAAUCGAUCAUGGAUGGCCUUCUGCACCACGGUCCAUGCGACAAACAUCUGAAAUGCUUCGAAAAUUGCACCACAAAUGGAGGUGUCAACGGUAUCGACGUUUUUUUGAUCAAAACAAUCGUAAUAGAAUGCGUGAAAAAGUUACAGCUAUGAUGUUGUUUAAGAAUCGAAAGGCAUCAUAUUUGAGUUCAGUUGCACAUCCAUUUCGUGGUGAUUAUAUCCGUUUAAGACAAAAUGUUAAAUGGAAACGAUUGUUACCAACAUUAGGAGAUGUAUAUGUUGUAUUUGCCGAUCUGGUCAGCAAAAUAACUAAACGAUGUGGAAAGGAACAGUUCAUUCAUAAAGUGAUGGUUAUUACAACUACAUCGUUUAUCGUAUUGGAUGGCAAAACCAUGCAAAUCAAUCAAAAUGUUCAACUUAGUUCGAUAUACAAGAUAUCAACCAGUCCGUAUAUGGAUAAUAUACUCGUCAUACACAUCCUAACGGAUCAACAAGGUAUCAAUACUCGAGCAUUGAUAUUAGAAUCUGUACAUUUAAUCGAAUUGAUUACCAAACUAUAUUUGGUUAUUCAAAAUACAUCAAGCAAAGGACCUAUUAUAGAAAUAUCACCCGAAUUUCAGAUCUACACUGGAAAGGAAACAUUGGUCUUGGUAUUUAAAAAUCAUAGUACAACACAAUUGGUAACAUCAUCGUCGACACCAUCUUCAUCAUCGCAAGUAAAAAUUCAUAGGAAAUCAAAUCGAAUGGAAAUUACAAUCUAAAAUUCGGUUAGCCAAUUAAAAUCAAGUGCCAAUACCGGAAUCUUUUCACCUUACAAACAGAAUAGAAUGAGACAAAACUUUUUGCUUUUUUUUGUUGUCGUUGUUGCUCAAAACUAUACAUAAAC